UGAGAAUUGCAAAGCUUGAAGCAGACAGUCAUCAGUGAAGUAGCCAGUCAGUCGCAAUACAAAUACAUAUUUACCUAUUCACUCGCAUUAAUUUACGGUGCAGUAUUUGUAAAAACACAGUGGAAAUUUGCGUGAAGAAUUAAUCGUGUUUUUAAAUAGUAAAACUCUCUACAGUGCUAAUUAAAUAUAAAUGAACAAACAAAAUAUUGCAAAAGACAUCAGUACUAGCUGCGAAAGUAAAAACGAAAAGGCGAAGUUUGGUCUACAACAACUUUGUCUUGCAUCGAUGGUGAUUGUGGGUGGGGAAGUGCGCUUCGAUUUUUCACCAGAGCAUACAAUAUUCGAUUAACGCGAGCUAUAAUUACUUUUCACAGCAAUUUCGUGACUUCAAAUAAACGACAGUCAGAGCCAACAGUGUUUUUAUUAUCACACUGUGGAGUCUGGGCCAAUUGUGUACGUUCCCAGGUUACAUCUUUCCAACAAUUUGAUUUGGCUUAUGCGCACCCAAUACCCGUAACAUGCGCUCCCUGGCUGACGAAACCAGGAAAUUAACGUUGAACAACAACAAUAAUAACAACAACACCUCGACGACCAUAGCGAUUGUUACGCAGUCAAAAAAUAAUAAAUCGAAUAAAAUUUACAAGAUGCAACAGCAAGUCAACGUAAUGACCAGCGCCACCACGGGUGUUCAUCAAAAGCAACAGCAUCAGCAGCAACAAAAGCAAAUUAAGCAACAGCAGAACAACAACUCCACAACAAUUAGCCUGCCUAAAGCUUCACAUGCGAACACAAGUGAAGAGAUUGCCGGCGGUGUGCAGGACACUAUCUAUUUGUGCAACUUUCGCGUCUCCGUUGACGGCGAUUGGCUUUGCCUGAAGGAGCUACAAGAUCUUGACAUUGGGCAGCAGCAUAGUGGCGGCGGUGGCACCAGUACCAGCGUCUAUGGCGUACAUCGCGGCACACAGCUGGGGCAAAAGAACAAACGCUAUUCGGGAAUGUCGAACGGUUUGGAUGAUAAUGGUAUAUUGACUGUCCGUAACUUGCUGGGUCGUCGUUUUAACGAUGCACCCGAACAUGUGCACAAGACGAACGGUUCGUCGUCGUCGUCGUUGUCGCACUUGCUUACCGCACGACAUGCACAUGCAGAUAAUGGCUUGAUUGGUGUGUUUGGUGUUGGUGGUACUGGUGAAUGGUCCAAUCACCCACGCGAUCCAGCUGAAAUCGAACGCAGUAAUCUCGUAAAUAUUUGCAAACUCGUGGUAAAGGAACUAUUAGAGCAGUCGCUACGUUUCGGACGUAUGUUGGACUCGGACCACCUACCACUGCAACACUUUUUCAUCGUCAUAGAGCAUGUACUGGGUCAUGGCUUGCGUCCAAAGAAGGGUCUUUUGGGGCCACGUAAAGAAUUGUGGGAUCUGUUGCAGAGCGUAGAAAACUAUUGUCCCGAGGCGCAGGACAUCACCGCAAGUGUACGUGAUUUGCCCACCGUGCGCACACAUAUUGGACGCGCUCGCGCUUGGCUACGCAUAGCGCUGAUGCAGAAGAAAUUGGCCGAUUAUUUGCAGGCACUUAUCGAGCAUCGCGACGAUUCGCUCUACGAAUACUACGAACCGCAUGCGUUAAUGAUGAGCGACGAGAUUGUGGUCAUAAUGGGCAUUUUGGUGGGUCUAAAUGUCAUCGAUUGUAAUUUGUGCGUGAAAGAGGAAGAUUUGGAUUCGCAACAGGGUGUUAUCGACUUCUCACUUUACUUGCGUUCGAGUUCGCGCAGUAACGAGAACGACGAAGAGAUCAAUCAGUCAUUGGAGGCGAAUGGUCAGGGCAACAUGAUUGCCGUGUUGGACCAAAAGAACUAUAUUGAAGAGCUCAAUCGGCACUUAAAUGCCACAGUCGGUAAUCUACAGGCCAAGGUUGAAUCGCUUACAACAACAAAUGCGCUCAUGAAGGAGGAUCUAGCGAUUGCGCGCAAUAGCCUCUUAGCCUUACAAGCCGAGAAUCAGGCACUACGUCAAAAUGCCACCGUUACCAAAGAUGUUUCUGCAGCAAACGCGGAAGCCAGUCCAAACAAAUCGUCAGAUCGUGCGAAUAAAGCAACGAUCGACACACUCAACGCCGAAUUGAGUGAAGAGAAAAAGAAAAAUGCCGAACUCGAUAAGGAGUUGAAACUACAAGUAUCCCUGAAGGCCGAAUCCGAUGUGGCAAUGAAAUUGCUUGAGAAGGAUAUACACGAAAAGCAGGAUACAAUCGUAUCGCUGCGACGCCAAUUGGACGAUAUAAAACAAAUUAAUUUGGAAAUGUAUCGCAAAUUACAGGAAUGUGAAGACGAGCUGACCCAGAAGGGAGAAAUGGUAUCACGCCUACAAACGAAAGCUUCACAAAUCGGCAACAUACUGCAAUCGCUCGAGAGAAAAUACGAAUCUAAGCUAGAGCAGCAGCAGCAACAGCAGCAAUUGACUGGCCAACCGAUUGGCGAUAAAUCGCCCGCGUCACGACGUCAACAAAAUCUACAGAAAUUCGAGGCGCUCACCAAAAAGCAUCGGCAGGACAUUGGACCGCCAGUGAAGCGUUUGCAUUUGAAAGUCGACGCCAUACCACCAUUCAAUCCCAAUAAUUAUCGCAAGUCACCAUCGGCCACGGUCGCACCCGACAAACUAGAGGCUGAGGGCGAACUCAAAACACCAACUUCAGCGAAAUCGUUUACCGAAGUGGCUAAAUCCUAUCCGGAAAAGCCGAUGGACACCUGCAAAAGUGACUAUGCCUUGUCGCAAGAGAAAAUCUAAAACUGAGAAUAUGUUAGAUACUUAUUUAAGCAUUAAUUAAAUUCAAAAUUACUUGAUGUUAAGCAUUUAUUUUACAAAAACGAAAAUAAUAAUAACAAUAAUAAUCGAAAAUCAUUUAGAAAACUAGUGGAGAGUUUCGUUAGUGAUUUCUAUUAGUCUUUAUAGCGCUAUGUAUGUGUUUAGACGCUGCAAAGCUGCAAAAAAUUAUGUAAAAAUAUUUUGAAAAUUUUGAAAAAAGUUAAUUGAAAGUUUAAAGUCUCAAUUAAAAUCAUAUUUGAUUUGAAAAAUAUAAAAUAAAGUAAAACAACAACAAUAAUAAUGUAUAGUUGUCGUUAGCGUAAAGUAUGGCUUACAUUUCUCAAGUCCUUAUAGCUGUGAACAGUCAUUACUAAUACUCGUAUUCGCAUACUAAAGGCCUUUUUAUUAACUUAGGAGAUAUAUGUUGACGGAAAAAUACCUACAUACAUAUAUUAAAGAAAAUUAGAAGUCUAGAUAAAUACAUGCAUACUUACAUACAUACAUAUUUAGCUACAUAUACAAACAUGCAUACAUAUAUUGUUGUUAAAAAUAUGGAUGUUAAAAUGUAUUUGAAUUUUAAGAUAAGGCGCAAAAUAUCUGCAGUCUCUUCAAAAGUACAAUGCUAUAUUCUUACAGAUUACAUACAUACAUACAUAUGUACAGACAUACAUGUAAACAUAAAUGAUAUGAUACCUGUGCGUAGAUAUACCGAAAAGUUACUAUGUAUGUACACAUAAAAUCAAUCAGAGGAGUUUAGUACUCAGACAUUAUAGAUUAUAGCAACUAAACAUACAUACAUACAAACAUAUAUAAUUAUACAUACAUAGGUAUGCUUUAUGGAGCUGCAUCCACUUGAACGUGGUGUAAGGGUCAAAACCCAACCAUUUACCGAAAUGACAAAAAUAGCUGUACGUGAUGGCAAAAUGUUGAGCUCAAAUUCGUAAUCCGAACCCCUCAAAUAGCCCAUAAACCUCUUAGCUCAUCAGUCCAUAAUUUUUCCUUCAGAUUUGCUGAGUAGUGUAAUCGGCGAUUUAUUUUCAAAAUUUUUGAAUUUUAUUAAUCCCGCAGUUGAUUUCCAGGCAGACCACCGGAAAAAAGUGUUAGGCGUUGCAGAAGAUUUCAUACCAAACCAAAAAAAAACUAGUCUUUUAGAUAAAUGCAGCCAAUCAUCAAAGGACUAGUCAAAAUUUGAUUACUCACAUCAUGAUGGUUUCGAAAACAAGCGGUUGUUGUACUAGAAAUGCUUCACCAUCAGAAAAAGCCCGCACACAGGGAGAUUGUGUCUCAUAACUAAGAUGGUCAUGAAAAGUUUUCAAGUCGCUCAGGCCAGCCGUUUCAAAGAAAUUUUCCUCGCCAACUCUGAAAAUAGCGUUUCGAGGAAAACGCAUUGAACGUUUUGGGGCCGUUUACACUACAAUACAAUUUUUUACAAAUGUGCUUAUAUCUCCGCAACCAAUUGCCGAAUCAACUUCAAAUUCUCGGAGCAUAUUCUCAUAUAUAAGUACAUACAUUCGAUAUAAUAUACAUAUGUAAAACAAAAAAAUCGAUUUUUGAUUUUGAUUUGCGAUUUGAAAUUCGCAAGUGAAUACAACCCCUUAAAGUGCAUAGCAGCAAAACCAUAUUAAUAUAUCUCGUCACCUAAAAUGCAAAACAGCGUAUCAUCAAAAAAUCUAAAUUGGGUUUUUUAUUGCUUACCACCA